AAGUGCGGUCCCGACCUCCGCGCAAACGGCGGGCCUCACCUGGGCUCCAGGAAGAGGCGCCCCAGGCUCGGCAGGCCUGAUUCGGUUAGUGCCCACGUCUCCGCGCUCCGCCAUCCAGUUCUCCCCCUCCUCUGCCGCUACGCCCGCUUACUGGUGGGUGGGCGCUUCUCUCCGCGACACUUUGCAGACGCUCCCCUGCGCUGGGCAUGGGCGCCGCCACUGCCGUCGGUCCCGGGGCUGGAGUCCGUGCGCGGGUGGGUGAGAGCGGGGCCUCGGCCCCUUGUACCCUGAGCACCCAAAGGCGGGGAACGGUGCCCACGGUCGACACCCCCAUGCCGGUUGCCCAUUCUGGGACCCUUCGCCACGGUCGCCCCCUCCCACUUGUGGGACAAAGGGUGGGGGCGCAUCCCCACGCGUGACCUCCCACGCACUGCGCACGCGCCCAGCUCCCACUUCGGGGAGGGGCUUUACUCGCCCACGCGAGUGCGGGAGGAAUGGGCGGCUGGGACAGGGGAACGCUUGCAGGAUGGACCCCCUACCCCAAGAAUGGAAGUUAGGGGUGGUUGUUUCUCCAUUUAUGGCAUUGGGUUCGGAGAUGGGCCAUGAUGAAGGGCUUUCUCAUUCAGGCCAGGUCUCCCUGUGGUGUUGACCCCACGAGGAACCAAAGAAUUUAAGGGCCGAGCCCCUUCACAACCAAGAUUCCUCUCGCUGAGCCCCCUCGCUCUGGGUACAUACUUUGGAAGCCUCUGACUCUGUCCAGAAGUAUGGGUCCUUUCCUCCCUCAGACUGGUGAUCCUUCCUUACUCCGGAGGGACAGGUAUUCCACCUCUCCAGGGACUGCCGACUUUUGGUGACCUGCUUCUGUCCAGUGCCCCCAAGGGCUCAGUUGCUGGGUCUGCAGGAAGCCUCCUCGAUAUGAAUGACAGAAACAACCGUUGGCGGACAAUGAAGGACGAAGAGACCUUUGAGAUCUCCAUUCCCUUUGAAGAGGCACCCCACUUAGACUCACAAAUCUUAUACCGUCUGAGUCCGUCUCGGAGAAAUGUUGAGGAGCCUCCAGAGGGCGCCUCCCCAACCCUGGCCCUGAUGAGCAGUGUUAAGGCCCAGCUGCACAUGGCACUGGAGAGGAACUCGUGGUUGCAGAAGCGCAUUGAGGACCUGGAGGAGGAGAGGGACUUCUUGCGGUGUCAGCUGGACAAAUUCAUUUCCUCUGCCCGGAUGGAUGCAGAGGACUACUGCCGGAUGAAGCCUGGACCUCGGAGGGUUGAUGGGGACAGCAGGGCUGGGGUUGGAGAAGCCUCAGACCCCGAGUCGGCAGCCUCCUCCUUCAGCGGGGUUUCCGAAGACGGAAGUGCCAGUGAAAGGAAGAGGCAGAAGCAGAAGGGAAGUACUAGCCGGAAGCGAUUUGGGAAGACCAAGGCUCGAGAGAGGCAGCGGGAUUUAGUCCUGUGUCAUCAGAAAGGAGGUCUCUGGGCCCAUCUCCUUUCUUCUGGUGUCCAGGCCUGCCUUCAAUUUCCCUGGUCUACUUCUUGCUCAGUGAAGGAUGCUGAUGGGGUCCUCUGCCGCUACAAGAAGAUCCUGGGCACCUUCCAGAAGCUGAAGAGCAUGUCCAGAGCCUUCGAGCACCACCGUGUGGACAGGAACACCGUGGCGCUGACCACGCCCAUCGCAGAGCUACUCAUUGUGGCUCCCGAAAAGCUGGCUGAGGUGGGAGAGUUCGAUCCAUCCAAGGAGCGCCUGCUAGAGUAUUCCCGCCGCUGCUUCCUGGCACUGGACGACGAGACUCUCAAGAAGGUGCAGGCUCUCAAGAAGAGCAAGCUGCUCCUGCCCAUCACCUACCGCUUCAAGCGGUGAUGCCGCCGCCCCGCACGCCUCCCCCCCAGCAGAUUGCUGGCUAGGUCGGCCUUCCCGGGGCACCGCCAGGGCUAGAAGCUGCCCUUCCUGAGCACUGGGCCCUGCUUCUCGGCCGCACACGCUAGGCACCCCGUCUCCAUUUCACCCCGCAGGGGCUGCCAGCUAGGCCUCCUUAGCCAGGAGUAGCCCAUCUGCAUCCCAUGCAAAGACAGAGUAUUAUUCUGAGAGUUUAAAUUAAAGAGACAUGAAAAUUUUCAAUAAA